AUGAAGGCGUAUACCACUGAGCUCAGUUGGAGGGUCAUACCUCAGUACAACACUCAGAACAAAUUUUCUUUACUGGUUCUAAUUAUCUUUACUCUCUUCGCCGUUUUCCAUCUCUUCAAGAAUAAUUAUCAGUCGCCGUUAACUUUGCUAUCUCUGAACAUGAAAACUAGUGAUCAUGUGAGAGGCAGCGCACGGAUGAAGAAGAAAUCAUGUGCCAUUUUUAGCGGAAGGUGGAUUCCUUAUCCUGAAGGGCCGCCUUACUACUCAAAUGAAAGUUGCCGUUCGUUAAUGGACCAGCAUAACUGUAUGAAGUUCGGAAGACCUGAUAAGGAGUUCAUGAACUGGAGAUGGAAACCAAAUGAAUGUGAGUUACCUCUGUUCAAUCCAGCUCAGUUCUUGGAGCUUGUUAGAGGGAAGUCAAUGGCGUUUGUUGGGGAUUCUGUGGGGUUGAACCAAAUGCAAUCGUUGUUGUGCCUCUUAUCUAGUUUACCUCUGUUCAAUCCAGCUCAGUUCUUGGAGCUUGUUAGAGGGAAGUCAAUGGCGUUUGUUGGGGAUUCUGUGGGGUUGAACCAAAUGCAAUCGUUGUUGUGCCUCUUAUCUAGUGUGGCAUAUCCUGAGGAUAUAUCUCACAAGUACUCAUUAGACUCAAAUUAUUUUAAGCGACAUUUCUAUGCUGAUUACAGAUUUACAGUAGCAAAUUUCUGGUCCCCGUUCUUGGUUAAAUCCAGUAAUGCAGAUAAUGGUCAUUCCCUCAACGGCCUCUUGAACCUUUAUUUAGAUGAAGCUGAUGAGGCAUGGGUGAAUGAAGUUGAAAAUUUUGACUAUGUGAUUGUUUCAGCUGGACAAUGGUUCUUCCGCCCUUUGAUAUUCUAUGAAAAUAGUCAAGUUAUUGGGUGCCAUAUAUGCGAUAUAAACAACAUGACAGCCAUUGCCAAGUACUAUGGAUACAGAAUGGCCUUUCGAACCGCCUUUCGAACUCUUCAGAGCCUUAAGAACUACAAGGGUACAACAUUUCUAAGGACAUUUUCUCCAGCACACUUCGAAAAUGGUGAUUGGGAUAAGGGAGGAAACUGUGUAAGAAAAAGGCCAUUUACAAGCCAAGAAAUGAAGUUAAACGGGGAUACCAUGGAGUUCUACUCAACACAAGUGGUAGAACUACGGGCUGCUGAGAAACAAGGGAGGCUGAAAUUUCGAUUACUUGAUACUACUGAAAUUAUGUUGCUAAGGCCAGAUGGACAUCCAAACAAGUAUGGACAAUCACCUCAUAAAAAUGUUACAGUGAAUGAUUGUGUUCAUUGGUGUUUGCCAGGCCCCAUUGACGCAUGGAAUGAGUUUUUGCUUUAUGUGAUGAAGACUGAAGAUCAGAGAAGAGAUGGUUCCAGACUUUGACGGGAAGUUAAUUGGAAAAACUAAGAGCUCUCAAUCUGUUUCAUUUUCUACAUCAAGGUGCUAAAUAAUUAAAUAACGUAAAAACCCAU